AUGUUUGAAAAACCCAUAUAGUCUGGAGAAAGUGGAAGUAAGAGAAGUCUGAAAAAGAAGAAAGAAGCUAUAACAAUGGGGCUCAAGAACACACUUUUCUUGGCACUGCUUGCAGCCAUGGUUGCAAAGGAGGUCUUUGCAGCACAGCAUGUUGUUGGUGGAAGCCAAGGUUGGGAUCAAUCCACAGACUUUAAGUCAUGGACUUCAGGCCAAACAUUCAAGGUUGGAGAUAAACUUGUUUUCAAGUACAGUUCUUUGCACAGUGUGGUUGAAGUAGGCAAUGAGAGUGCGUACAAGAGUUGUGAUAUCAGCAGUCCAAUCCAAUCACUGAGUACUGGGAAUGAUGUUGUGAAAUUGGAGAAACCAGGUACGAGGUACUUCACUUGUGGUACCUUGGGCCACUGUAGUCAAGGGAUGAAGCUAAAGAUUACCAUACUUAAAGGGAAUGCUAAUGCUCCUUCUCCUGCAUCAUCACCAUCUUCAUCUUCAUCUUCCUCCUCAUCACCAUCUUUUUCUCCUGCUAUUACUACUCAUGCGUCUUCAGCCUCACAAUGCUUCGCCUCUUUUCUGUUCAUUCUUGCAUUAUCUCUCACCGUAAUGCUUUCCUUGUUUUAAUUGAUUAAAUAAGUAUGACACUUGUGGAUAUGAUGUCAUGGAAUUUUAAUUCACAUCCUUCUAUUCACCUAAUUUCAAUCAAAAUUAGUCCAAUGUGAAAAGGACAUGCCUUGUCUUGUAUGUAGUAUUAAAAGUACACUAUAUAUAUAUAUAAAUAAGAUUUUUCCUUGUGUCUUAUAA